AUGGGGAUAGACCGGCGGCGGAGAGCAUCGCUGGCUCUCACCUUGAACUUUCUGGCUUUGUUCCUGGCGGUGUCGGCUCUUGGAACGAGCCACUGGUGCGCCGGCACCCGCAAAGUGGUCAAGCCGUUCUGCACCGGUCCGGUAACGACCAAACAGUCGUUCUGCAUCAGGUUUAACAGCUCCAAUUUAAACGACACGCGGCUGGUGCAGUACAUCUGGGAGACCGGUGAGGACAAGUAUGUGAUGAGGAAGUUUCACACCGGGAUCUGGUUCUCCUGCGAGCAGAACAUCAACAUGACCGGUGAAAACUGCAGAAGUUUUAUCUACGUUGCACCUUCAAAUGAAAGAGGCGUUCUGUGGCUUUGCAUCGUCGCAGAGUGCCUGUACAUCAUGCUUUUGGCCACUGGGGGCGUGCUAAUGUCGAUCGAAGUGUGCCAGUUCGGCAACGUCAUCGACGGCCUGAAGCUCAAUGCCUUUGCUGCCAUAUUCACAGUGCUUUCAGGGUUGCUGGGUAUGGUGGCACAUAUGAUGUUCACAACAGCCUUCCAACUGACUGUCAGUUUGGGCCCAGAAGACUGGAAACCUCAGACAUGGGACUACAGUUGGUCAUACAUAUUAGCAUGGAGUUCCUUCACAGCAUGCAUGGCAUCCUCGGUCACCACCAUUAAUCGCUAUACCAAAACCAUCCUGGAAUUCAAGCACAAGCGACGGAACAUUGAGAAGAACUUAAAGAUCAAGCAGAAGCUAUUAGAGCUGGACGCUCCCGAGCAGGUGUGGGACAUGUACAUCAGCUCGGUGCCGAGUACCGCAGAGGAGCUGCUGGACCUUUCGUCUAACGGCCGAAAACUCUCCAACACCUCCAUCUUCUUGGACCUCAACGACCUGCCCGACCCGCAGGUUGAGGAGUACUGCUAG